CCGGGAGGAAGUUCAACCUUUGGGAGACUCCAAGAGAGCAGCUCCGGGGUCGGCGGGGGUCUGGGUGGCCAUGGAGGAGCCCCCUGUGCGAGAAGAGGAAGAGGAAGAGGACGAUGAGAGGGACGAGACUGAGGACGAGGAGAGGGACGAGGCUGGGCCCGAAGGGGCGCUGGGCAAGAGCCCCUUCCAGCUGACCACCGAGGACGUGUAUGACAUCUCCUACCUGUUGGGCCGCGAACUUAUGGCCCUGGGCAGCGACCCCCGGGUGACGCAGCUGCAGUUCAAAGUCGUCCGCGUCCUGGAGAUGCUGGAGGCGCUGGUGAAUGAGGGCAGCCUGGCGCUGGAGGAGCUGAAGAUGGAGAGGGACAACCUCAGGAAGGAGGUGGAGGGGCUGCGGAGACAGGACCCUCCGACCAGCGGGGAGGUGACCCUGAGCCCAAACAAAAUGGUGGUUGACUUGACAGAUCCCAACCGACCCCGCUUCACUCUGCAGGAGCUAAGGGACGUGCUGCAGGAACGCAACAAACUCAAGUCGCAGCUCCUGGUGGUGCAGGAAGAGCUGCAGUGCUACAAGAGUGGCCUGAUUCCACCAAGAGAAGGCCCAGGAGGAAGGAGAGAAAAAGAUGCUGUGGUUACUAGGGCCAACAAUGCUGGCAGGAACAAGGAGGAGAAGACAAUCAUAAAAAAGCUGUUCUUUUUUCGAUCGGGGAAACAGACCUAGAUCUAAGGCCACAACUAAGGCUAUGGCUCUGAUUCUGGAUGACAACCUUCCAAGAUGCCUGGCAAAGCCACCUCUCUGUGCCACACAGACACACUGGGCCUGGGUAUUCAUUUCCCCUUCAAAGCAGACUGAGGAGGGAGGAGACAAGGUUCUCUUGGCAUCACUUUCUCCCUGACUGCGGAACUAGACACCUUUGAAGAUUUGGCCUGGGCCAGUGAAGCAGAAAUCAAGAAAAACAGAAGGGAUGUGUGGGGGUUGGGGCCCACUUCCUGCUCCUACGUCAACCCCCAGGGCCUCCUGCGUGCAGAUGCAUGUCCUAUUCAUCUGCUCCCAGGGAUGACCCUGGCCUUCAAUGUUUAGCAGAAAGGAGAAAAGAAAGCAGGAAAAUGUGCUAUGGAUAUUCCAGUGGUGACUUCACUGAUAUUUAGUGAAUAUUUGAUUUAGCCAACAUGCCUUUCUUUAUGUGAUUUUGUAUUAAAGUAAAAUGACUUUUAUACUUUCUAUA